GCCAGUAGUAGUCACGCCAGUAUUUUAUGUAACGUUUACUCUUUAAGUUCGGAUAAGAUUGAUUGUAAGGCUCUCCAAUGUUUGCGUGCUAUUUGUGAAGUACCUACAGCUUCUUGCUUUUCAAUAUAACAGAAUAGAUCUACGUCAGGUCAGUAUAGAAUGAAUUGCUGCUCCGGUGGAAAAGGCGCGGGUGGUGGACGUUUCAUAACCCGAGCCUUACGGAUUUUCCUUUUGUGGGGCUUAGUCAUCUUUGCCAUCAUACAACUGAAGAGUAUACUAAAGGUACACGUACAGUACCUAAACAGUAGUCUACAACUGCAGGAAAGUUUGGAUCAUGCAGAUUCGACUAUCGAAGCGAUCGACGAAGAGCCUUUCAUCGACAAAAGAUCGAGAUUAUCCGAAGAUAUGCUUGUUGACGACAUACAAAAGCGAAUAGAUAACUUCCCCAUCGCCUACUGGAACAAGAACAAGAGUAAACCCAUCGGCUUCAAUAAAACGUGCGCGCGUUUCCCUAGCAUGUUUGAUCUAGAGUUUAACAACAUAUACUGGCAAACGCUGAGGACUACGAACGGCACCUUUCAGUUAUUUGGCGCCUACCUCGACGCCAGACCCAAUAAUCGUCUGGGACCCACCGUACGAAUCUUAGGCAUGAUCGAUCGGAUACAGCCUACUGUGCCGACGUACUGCCAGUUUUGGUUCGACGGCACAAAGGAACCGGUAAUUGUGAAAAGCUUAGAAUACAAGUACAUUUGGAACAAGGGAUGGGGCAACUACCAGCAGGGAAUAUACCAACCCUACCUAAUAGCGUGUGUAAUUCCCAACCAAUGUCAAAAGGCAGUACCUGAAUCGGUUUCGCUUGUCGAAAAGUCCUGCGAUAAUGCUUCCAAUAAUCUAAGAGUUAUUUAUAAUAAGCCUAAGGCGAAGAAAGAUUUCGCAGUUUGCGUUAAGGGGUUAGAUUUUCUAUACGAGGACUUGUCUGUCAGGCUCGUCGAGUGGAUUGAGCUGCUCAAUCUACUAGGCGCAGAUAAGAUCUUCUUCUACGAGCUGCAAGUGCAUCCAAACAUAAGUAAGGUGCUGAAGUACUACGAGAAAGAGGGGAAGGUAAAGGUCACACCGAUAAACCUGGCGGGUGGGCAGCCGAACGGCCCUUCAUUUCAGCACCUUUACUUGACGAAGAAAAUCAUUCAUAAAAGACAGAAUGAGGUGAUCCCAUACAACGAUUGCUUCUACAAACACAUGUACGAAUACAAAUACAUAACUCUGCUCGACAUUGACGAGGUGAUCAUGCCUAUAGAUGGCACAACGUGGAAGGAGCUGAUGGAGCGUGUGCUGCCCAAGGCCUUAAAAAUAAACAAAGAGGAGAGGGCUUCCUAUAACGUCCGCAACGUAUAUUUCCUAGACGAUAUGCAGCAUAAUCACGGCUGGUUUAAAGAAGUUCCUCGGUAUAUGCACAUGCUGCAGCACGUAUACCGGGCGAAGAAUUUCACAAAACCAGGCGCGUACGUUAAGUGCUUCCAUAAUACGGAAAAAGUUCUCAUUUUACACAACCAUUUUCCUUUCGCCUGUCUGGGAAGUGGUUGUACUACCUACCCGAUUAACACGGCUGACGCCCAACUUCAGCACUAUCGCGCCGACUGCGUCGACGAUUUGAAGCAGAAGUGCGAGGGUUUUAAAAAUAACAGCGUAAUGGAUGUAACGAUAUGGAAGUUUAAACAGCCAUUAAUUGCGAGAGUGUCGACGGCCCUUAGGACUUUAGGCUAUUUUACCUCGGGUAAAAAAUUGGAAGAUCGCAGAUGAUAAAUUAACUGCACUCUAUUUCUACUUGGGUGAUAUGUGCUAAUUGUCGCGAUUCUUUUUAAGAACCGUUCCUGUGUUAUAUUAUUUUUAAUCGUAUUUAAUUUUCUUAAUUAUGUUACAAUGAUAGGUGCGAAAGGUGCUUGGGGGAGACGGGUCCAUUCCGUUUUUCCAUCUGUUGCCCUAUUGCGAAGUCCCUUUUUAGCGCAUUUCCACAAAAAUAAAAAAAAUGCCCUAUUGUCCGUCGCUCGUUUUGAGACGCUACUAGUUCUUUAUUUUAAGAGCUAUUGUUCUACUUUUU